GUGUGACAAAACUUGAAAAAAGGAGCGCUUUUUCUGCAGCUGAUUCUGAGCUGGCGCUUUUUCUGCACCUGAUUCUGAGCUGGGAACACCGAAACUUUUUGCUCACAAAAAUGCCCGCCACUUCUGAUAUAUACACCGGAGAGCUGCCGAAAGAGGCCGGCUGUAAGAAGGAGGAAAAACCGGAGCUGGCGGCUUCGGCCGAGAAGAAGAACAAUGUCGGAUUUUUCUGUGAAGAACAGGGGUAUUUGGGUCUGGUGGAACACAUCAUCCAACACGGACGCUCGAAGGGGGACCGAACUAAUACGGGGACCCUGUCCAUGUUCGGUGCUCAAGUCAGAUACAGCCUGAGAGACCAGUUUCCUUUGUUGACGACAAAGAAAGUGUUCUGGCGAGGGAUCCUUGAGGAACUGCUGUGGUUCAUCAGGGGAUCAACAAAUUCCAAGGAGCUUUCAGCGAAAGGCGUGAAGAUUUGGGAUGCCAAUGGUUCUCGAGACUUCCUGGACAAUCUUGGGUUCACUGAUAGAGAGGAGGGUGAUCUAGGACCUAUAUAUGGUUUCCAGUGGAGGCACUUUGGUGCAGAGUACACAGACAUGCAUGCAGAUUACACAGGACGAGGUGUCGACCAGCUGCAAAAGGUCAUUGACACCAUCAAAACAAAUCCAGAGGACCGGAGGAUCAUAAUGUGUGCUUGGAACCCCAAAGACCUUCCUAGGAUGGCGCUGCCACCCUGCCACGCACUCUGCCAGUUCUACGUGUGUGAUGGUGAGCUGUCGUGUCAGCUGUACCAGCGCUCAGGUGAUAUGGGCCUGGGGGUGCCUUUCAAUAUCGCCAGCUAUUCACUUCUUACCUACAUGAUCGCACACAUUACAGGACUCAAGCCUGGUGACUUUGUUCACACCCUGGGAGACGCUCAUGUUUACGUCAACCAUAUUGAACCUCUCAAAGAGCAGCUUCAGCGGGAGAUCCGACCGUUCCCCAAACUGAGGAUCCUGAGAAAAGUGGAGAAAAUCGAUGAUUUCCGUUUGGAGGACUUUGAGAUCUAUGACUACAACCCACAUCCCAUAAUCAAAAUGAAGCUGGCUGUGUAAACUGAAGCCAUAAGAUGGUUAUGAAUGAACAGUAUGCUCGUUACUCAUACAUAUUUUAAAAUUUCAUUUUUUUUGUGUUGAUUUGGGUGAACUCUCAAGUUCUAAGCUUUUCAGUGAUUUCUUCUCUACAAAUUCUUUAUGUUGAUAAAUCAUCUAAUUCUGUAAAUAAAGAUAUUAACUUUGA